ACGUGGCGCACUGGGUUUGCAGGAAAAACAACACAGAGAUCGAACUGGCCAAGACCCGCAUCGAGCUGAUGCACAUCAACAGCCAACUAAUGGAGGCCAUCCAGCAGAAGGUGGAACUCUCCCAGCAGCUGGAACAAUGGCAGGUGGACAUGCAGUCCCUGCUGGAUGAGCGUGUCCAAAAGCAACUGCGGAGCCAGGAGGCCGAGGACCGCCGAAGAAAGGCACAGGCAGCUGCUGCCAAUGGUGCCUCCGCGUCGCCGCAGCAGAAGACGCCCAGCAAGGGGGGCAAGCUGUUUGGACUGUGGAAGAAACAGCAGACCCCUCAGACGCCCCAGUGAGCCCCCCCCCCUUUGGGACUCUGUGUGCUGUGCCCCACAACUCCUCUCUCCCCUGCCUCAUGAACUUACCACAGAAGUGCCAGUAUACUGCGGUCUCCAGUGUCCGCUGCCAUUCAAGAGAUCUUGAAACCCACUUCCUUCCCCUAAUCGGGGAAGAGACUGGAAAAACCUUGAGCAUACAUUUAUCAUCUCAUCAAUGUCAUCGUCGCGUCGAUGUUGUGCGCAGACACUUUUUCUGUGUUGCUCUUGUGUUGUGCACGCUGACGUGAGAAUUAGGAUAUUGUUGUUGGCUGUCAAGUGCGUUAGUGCGUGUUGCACAUUUUAGCACUCCUUACUGAUGCAGACCUUCUCUCCUUUCUGGUGCUCUGCAAGCAGACUUGUGUGAUGUCGCCUAUAUACUGUCUCGUUGUCGAGUGAGAGAUUAUUAUACCACGGGAAAGACUUCUGAGCAUUCAGUCAGUGGGUUUUAUCCCUAAUUGCACAUUUUAUUUAUGUGCAAAAAAAUUGUUCAGGCAGCAAUACUGAAAUGUACGAUUUACGAAGAGUAUAAUAUAUGCACUAGCUGUAGUAUCGCUGUUUUAUGAUUCAGAUAUGAAUGCAACCUUGGGUAAAAUGUGUAUGAGCGAACAAUCAUGCAAUGUUUUCCGAUGAUGCCUUACUUCGGAGGAAUACACUCGUUGAGCAGUUUUAACUUAUUUGCAAUUAUUUUAGCACUUCUGUUGCUACUGCUCUUAUCUGGUACUGAUUGCCAAUUAGCACAGCUGUAAUAUAAUUUAAGUAUCCUUGGUUGUGACGCUUACACAAUUCAAUACUGCCACAAACUGCAAAUGAUUUGCUACCUUGCAGAGCCUAUUUCAACAUUAAAAUUUCUUUGUUUCUUUGGUUUCUGCAACAUGGUCGCAGACCAUUCCAGAGUGAUUUCAAUAGUGCUUCGUUUUUAUUUACAGAAAACAUUGGGUAUACUUUCCAAGAACUUUGUAUGCUUUGUGGUCAGUUAUCAGAUUAUUUUCAAACGCAGCAGUUUCGAGUCUCUUAAGCGCAGGUUAAGCGCGACACUUAUAGAAACGCGCAAUGUGUAUUCGCUUUUUCAUGCCUACAACAAUCCUUUUUCUAGCACACCGAAUUGCAGUGUACUGCAGAAUCCCUAGGAUAUAUACGAGUCAUCGUUGUCGCUAUAGCGUAUUUACAUAACGUUGCCAGGCCUUGGUUUAACCAAAGGGUCCUUACAGGUGCCAGUGCACUUGUUGAUCUUUUGAUGGCACAUGCUGUUGAUAUUUACAAUGUACAUAUUUAAAUGAUAGUUGCAACUUUUCAAGGACAUCAAUCUCUUUUCAAGAUCUGUAUGUAAAUACGGCGUUCUGUUCGAAGCUUUAUUAAUAAGAAACACUUUGCAGAGGCAACUAGAGUGUCUGAUGCUUGGCUACAAAGGUGUGCACGCAGUUCUCUUUCAGAGACAGUGUGGGCUUUGUUCGACCACUUUAAGCUAGUAUGCAGUAAAGUUUGUGCAUGUAGUUCUUAUUCACCGAAGCCAUAAACAUUUUCCUGGCAGUUUGCACCAAGUCUCUUGUGGCCCAAGAAUCAUGUGCCUCUUACGUGCAAAGAUGUGCUGACCGAGGUUGAGUAUGUGUAAUGGGAUGUAUGCCCAUCGCCCACAACCGCGCACCUGCAAUGUGCGGCACAUGCACAAGGGGGACCAGCUAUUGCCCUCAAAAAAACACUUCAACAUAGGCAUCCUUCCAGCAGAAUUUCCAUUCAAGUGGGUAGGCAUCGUACAACCACGAAAAUUUCACAUCUAGCCACAAUUGCUAAAGUUAAGUGAAGGUAGGCGUUUUUCAUAGGCAGUUUAGAAGUCUUGUAGAUUGUUCCUUUGGCUGUUGAAUUUCAUCGCUUCAAGAGUUUGUGUUUAACAAUUGCUGUUCAAGCUACUGGCAUUUUAAACUCUUGCCACCUUGCAUGGAGCAACUGUUCUCGUAAACAGAAAAUUGUUAUUCUGUACCAUACGCCACCAGUUCUCACUAGCAAUAAAUUCAAGGCAUGUGAGCAGAAAAAAAAAAACCUUCACUGUGCAGAGCCCUGCUAGACAUUUCAUUUAAGAAGUGCAUUCUCCGUUUUCAAACAUCCAUUAGCGCAUUUAGAUCCAGUCUACCUUUGAUAAUAGCAUGAAUGUGUAGCAAAAACGUCUUUUUUUUUCUGCAGCAUUUUGUCAUUAGAAUGACAUGCUUUUACUAGCUUGACAAUUUUCUUGCGUUUCUGUGAAUUUUUCAUUGUCGGUUUCUGUUUCUCGCGUCACAAGACAGUGCACAAAUUCAUCAUCGAGUACAGUUUGCAGCAGCUUUCCUGGCUGCAAAAGCGAUCUUGUGCCCAUAUUUCUCCUGCAACUUUAGCUUGAGAGCCUGUCGUUUCCCAGCUUCAGAAACCCCUGCUUCCCUUACACGAGCUUUUGUACAACUGUACAUACAGUCUACUGUGUGAUGCCUUCGUGCGUUUAUGAAGGCGUAACUUGUGUUUGUUUUAUCUAAGUCAGUGAAAGGAUAACAUGCUGAUAGAGGCCUUUAUUUUGUAUGUACAAUAUGACAAAGAUUCCACAAUGCAGCGUGGCUUUUGUGCACAUAGAAAUCUGCAAAUCAAAUAGCUAUAGAGAGGACAAAUCCUGAUCAAAUGCCAAAAGGUACUGAAAUGGCAGCUUGGAGCAAGCAUUAGGUAAACAUUCGUAAAGCAAUAACAAAUUGUUUUUGUUGACCAGAUGGGAAACAAGCGAUGCUGCAGAUGUACUAUUAAGUGUAUCUGCUCAAGGACUGGGCUGAUUUUCGGUACCGCCCACAAGAGCACCAGGCGUUCAGACCCACAAGUGUAGAAAACAAGGUAAAACGCCUGCGUCACUUAAGGAAAUUUUAAAUGCUCACUUUGAGCUGAGAAUAUAAUUCUUUUUUUUUUGAAAAUUGGUUUAAAAUUUAAAAGAGCAAAUUCAAUUUAGAAAGGGUGAAGAAGGGCCCCAACUACAUCGAAAUAAGCCUUAAAAUGUUAAAAAAAAAAAUGUUUGUCUGAGCUCCUAACUGUGGUAAAGUUGCAAAUAACCGCAGCUCCCAAAUACUAUGACUUUUUAAUGACCAACCAUGACCUAGUGCUGCUGCUACAGUCAGCGCUAUGGUCAUGUUGAACUCACUGCUGAUCGGGCCGUGUGAGCAAACAACCAAAUUCCGAGUUAAUCUUGCAUAUGUUGAAAUAUGUGCGUGCACAUGAUUGCAAAAUAAAGUGUGCACUGUUGUGAAAUAAAAGAUGUCACAUUCAUGUUUGCAUGGCGAGAA